GUUUUCCUUCAUUGCUUUCGUAAGAAACAAUUAUCUUCCGGAAAGAAAAACUGCAUGGACUAUGAAGAAUUUUACUUGGUUUCUGUUACGCAGUCUAACAUAUCAAGGAGGAAAAAUUGAUUACGAUAAAAGCACUUCAUCAAGACUUAUAAUUGGAAUUUGGUUGCUAGCAAUAACUGUUCUAAUAUCAGCAUACGGCGGGAUUUUGUUUUCAUACAUGACAUGUCCUAUUUACGAAGAGGUGCCGAAAAAUAUCGAACAAUUAGCCAUUGCAGUGAAAAACGGGGAAUAUUCUUGUGGAACAUUGUCAAAUUCGGCAUUGUCAGAGCUCAUGUUGAGGAAAAGUGAAGGAAUGGUAACAAUUUUAAGUGAGUAUAUAAGCAGUCAUCCAGAGAAAAGUUUUUCUACUUUUCAAGAAGGAGUUCAACACAUGCUACAUCAUAAAUAUGCGUAUAUCACGUCAGCAUAUUUUUUCGCUACCUUAAAAAUGAGAGCAAAUUCAUUUGUCAUUUUCGAAGAUUUAUUCAUGUCUUAUUCAAUUGCAUUUCCAAUGAAGAAGAAAUUCAAGUUUAAGAAGAAAUUUAAUAAAAUGUUGCAAAGAUUAGUAGAUGCUGGAAUCUACGAAAAGUUGCUGAAGGAGGCGAAACAAACCCCAGGAGUCAAUUACGCUGGACUCCAUCAUCCUCUUUCUAUUGACGAUAGCAUGAGUGCUUUCAUUCUGUUAAUUUCUGGCUAUGUAAUUUCUAUCUUAAUUUUCUUUGUUGAAUUGCUAAGAAAACAACGAAAUUUGGAAUAAAGUUUAUAAAUACAGUAGAGCAUCGAUUAUCU